AUGCAGGAGCGAGGAAACGAUUUCGCUGUGAUUGGAGCUGCAGAUCCACCGGUUAGACCUUUGUUCAUCUUCUGUUACGUCAUUGGCAGCAACACAACUUCCAUAUUUAAGGUCCAGACUGCACGGGUACAUAAAGGAGCCUCUUUUAGAGCACAGUGGAUUACUCUCAGUGCAUUAUCUCCUGUGCAGGUUUUUGUGCGAGAGUUGCUAUUUGUUCUAACAAAUACAUUUUUAAAUUUUCAGCUUUCUCUCUCCAAACAGCUCAACGAAGCAGCAAAAAUGAGCUCUUGUUCUGGACCAGAAGAUGCUAAAGUUGUAAUUGUAGGUUCAGGUUUUGCAGGGUUGGCCGCUGCAGCCACAUUGGUGAAGGGAGGAUUUGAGAAUGUCCUGGUUCUUGAGGCGAAGGAAAGAAUUGGAGGUCGAGUGCACACCAUUAAACCCUUCACCGAGAACAUCAUUGAAGUUGGAGCAAACUGGAUCCACGGACAGAAAGGAAACCCCCUGUACAAGAUUGCAAAAGAGGAGAAUCUGCUAUCCGAAGGAACUUCAUCCAAAAAGUCCCGUUCUGUAACCUCUGAAGAUUACUUUUUCAAAGAAGAUGGGAAGCAGGUCUCCACAAAGCUUGUUGAUCAGGUGUGUUCGUAUUUCAGCAAGCUCACCGACAAAGCUUCUGAUGACGAACUUGAGCCCAGGCACAGGGAACUAAGUCGGGGUGCUUAUCUGGAUGAUGCCUUUGGUGAAUCUCCUUUAGCAGAGAAAGAAAAUGCCCACCAAGUUUUUGAAUGGUGCAAGAGGAAUGAAUGCACAGACGAGGCUUGCUCUAGCCUCUAUGAGGUGUCUGCAUCUACGAUCAGCAAUUACACUGCUUUAAAGGGAGAAUUUUUUAACACUUUGGGACCUGGUGGCUAUCGAGCAAUCUUAGAUGUUCUCCUGAAAGAUCUACCUUCAGGAACCAUCCAGUGUAGUGCACCUGUCAAGAGCAUCCGAUGGGAUCUGGUCAAAAAGGGCCACUGUGAAGACCAAAGGUAUCCUGUUCAGCUCGUUUGUGAAAAUGGACAGAGCUUUGAGGCAGACCAUGUGAUCGUCACCGUUUCUCUGGGGGUUCUCAAAGAUAAAGCCUCAACCAUGUUUGAACCGCCCUUACCGCCAACAAAACUGGCUGCGAUUGAGAAUCUCGACUUUGGCAUAGUAGACAAAAUAUUCUUGUUUUUUGAGAAGAGAUUCUGGCCAGAUGACUGUGCCGGAGUGCAGUUGUUGUGGAAAGAGGGGCCUGAAGAUAAAGAUGUUUAUGAGUCUCUGUCUGAAGGAGAAGCCUGGAAGAAGACGUGGUUCAAGAAGAUCACUGGUUUUGAUACAGUGGCCCGUCAUCCCACGGCUCUGUGUGGCUGGAUCACAGGUAGAGAAGCACUGUAUAUGGAGAAGCUUCCGGACAGUGAAAUACGAGAUAACUGUGUAAGGUUGCUCAGGUCUUUCACAGGCUGGUCAGUGCCAGAGGUCUCAAAGAUGCUGAUCUCCAGAUGGGGCUCUGAUUCUCACGUCCGUGGCUCCUACACAUUUAUUCCUGAUGGUGUUGAUGGAGUGAAAGCACAAAAGGCAUUAGCAUCACCUCUUCCUCCUAAAGAUGAAUCCAAAGGGAGGAAGCACCUGCAGGUGUUGUUUGCUGGUGAAGCUACAAAUGAGAACUUCUACACCACGACCCAUGGAGCGUAUCUCACAGGGGUCAGAGAAGCAGAGCGACUCAUAAACUAUUACGCUGAUUGAGCAUACAGUCCCAAAGAGAGGACAACAUAUACUUUGGUUUCAUAAAGAUAACAUUCUCAUUUGCCUUGAUUUAAAGGGGUCAUAUGACGUUUCUAAAAAGAACAUUAUGUUGUGUAUUUGGUAUAAUGCAAUGUGUUUAUGUGGUUUAAGGUUUAAAAAACAUUUUUUCCCAUAUAAUGUACAUUUUUGUUG